AUGGGUUUGAACAAUGUAUCCGUUUGCUGCCCCCAUGUUUCCUAUAAUUGCGCUAUAACCAGAGUCUUGGUUGGUGAUACUAGGCCUUACGUUAGGUGCAUCUACAUAGUUUUUAAAGGUCACGACGGCUCGUUCCAAGCUCCACCCAACAUAUCAUCUGAUUCUGGCAGCGCAUGUCGGCGUCUUGGCUUGGCAGUGCGAUUACUCCAAACACUUACUGCCGAGACCAUUUUCGCGGAAACUGGCUGCCGCCUAGCCGUGUGGUGUAUCCAUUCGGAGAUGAACUUUCAGGAGGCACAAAGUUUGUCAGCAUUCCGUCUUUGGGAGUGUCUGGCUCGAGAACUGGACACUAUAUUUUGGGAGGACCGGGAUAGAGCCAAGUGGCUGGCAGUCGUCAGCUGCACUGAAUACGAAUCUAUGACUGGCUCAAAGCCUAUUCCGCAUUCGCAUGAAGAAGUUAUCGCGAUGACCAAAGGGUACUGCGCUCUAGGAACUGGUGGGUUGGCCCUUAUUGGGUCGGGUACGCUGUAUACAUGGCCAGAAAGCGCUGAAGAUAUUGGGACAUGCCUGUCAAAUACAUCGAAAGUCAAUCGAAGAGAGUAUCUCGACGAUAGCGGAUAUCGUGGGACCUAUUGGGCAAACUACACAACUGCAUUGGGCACUAUGUUGCAUGAACUGGGCCACUGUUUCGACCUGGAUCACAACUUUGAAGGGAUCAUGCGACGCGGUGGGGACGAUUUAAACCUCGUUUUGGCAUUUCCUCCGCCUGGGAGCUCAUCACGACCUGAAAAAGUAAAUCUUGUGAACAAAUCAACUUUUCAGGUUAGAAAUGCGUACGACUUCCGAAGGUUAUCAAUACUUCAAAUCAGUAGAGUCACAUUUUACGAGAAUGCGUCACGAGUUGUCGAAGCUGCUCAAGAUCAAUCGGGAAUUCCCUGGGGAAGGUGCGAUACUGUUAAGGAUUGUGGCGGAGCAUUCUGGGGAAAAGAGAUCGCCCAGUUUCUCUCUUUUCACCGUUGGUUUAUCGAAUUUCCGAAGUACAAGGAUUACCGUGGAACGGAACUGAAAGAGUAA